UUAGUGUAUAGUUGAGUUGUGUGUGUGUAUAUAUGUGUGUGUAUAAGAUUAGUUAGUUUAUACGAGGUUUGUAGCAGUAUUUACUUGUUUACUUUUUUUUUAAUGUUCGCGUUCAUAUCGUAGAAUUGUUGUUCUCAUAUUUUAGUCAAUUUUAGUGUUUAGAACGUCGCAGGUCCAUUACACCACUGUCUCCGCGACAACUGGGCACAUACAGUUAGAUUUGUGAAGUACAGUUAAGAAUCAGCAGCUUUCCUGUGCUUACAUCAUCAUUUAAGGGCGAUGAACUUCAGGGGAGACAAAAUGUCCACCUUCAGGUUUGGAACCAGCGUGGGUCCUGCCAGGAUUGUAGGAAAUGCCCAGGAGGUCAGGGAGGAAGAUGAAGACAAACCAGUUGAUGAUGCCGAUCCAAACGUGAUGAUGCAGUGCCCUUAUGACCCGAACCAUCAGAUUCGGGCGUGUCGCUUCCCCUUUCACGUUCUCAAGUGUACCAAGAAUCACCCCAAGCUAGCAAAAGAACUUAAGACUUGCCCCUUCAAUGCUAAGCACAUGGUUCCCAGGCAUGAGCUGGCACGUCAUAUUGAGCGCUGUGAGGAUAAACCAUCACUUACUACAGAGGACGGUAUGAUCUUGGAUGAUGGAAACACCAAGAUGGACCCGAAAUUUCACGUGCCUGUUAAAUGUAUGUCACUUCCAUGUGAGGAGGACUGGGAAAAAGAGGCUGAUGACAAUGUUGCUACAUUUGUGUGGGGUGUGACCAACAAUCAGCUCAUCAUAAAUGAGUCAGCAACUGAAAUGAAAAUGGGGUUCUUAAUCUUUUUACUUUUGUUCUAUAAACUCUCAUGUAAGAUGUGUUCAUGUCCGAUUUGCUAUGCUGUGAUGCAUUUUAUUGAAUUAUUUUGCCUUUUCUUAGCCCUGCGCCACCUGUUACGAACGACUUGAAAGCUGGAAUCCGUGCACCUCAAACUCUCCCCUGGAAGUUCUGUGAGUUCUGAUAUUGAAUCGUCAGGCCAGUUAUUGUGUCUUCCAAAUCUUGAAAGCCAUUGUGGUGGGGUUACUCUUCUCCACUGGUGUUUUGAUUGUGCUGAUGUCCCCAUACUGUUGCUCUAGGUGGCAGCAAUGAUCUUGGCUGACUUUAAGGGCUGGGCAGAUUGAAUUGCAGAAGUUGUUGCAGUUUGCCUUGUUUUAUGCAUCUGAGUUUUGACUGUUUUUAAUUGUUCCCUUAACUGAUUUUCUCUAACAUGUCAGUUAUCAUAAAUGGACCAUGAACUUCAGUGUUGACUGACAAUUAUCAGAAAGUGACAUUUAUCCCAUCACUGAGUAAAAUGGAGCUCACAAUAACCAAUAUAAACGAACACCUUCAUUGUGGAGGUUUAAGACCAGAAUUCUGUACUAGUAUGAUGUAACUUGUGACCUUGCCUGUGCUUCGGGGUUUCCUCCGGUCCCUCCCCCCAUUGCAAAUGUAUGCUUUGUAGGCUGAUUGGCAUUUACGAAUUGUCUGUAGUGUGUGAACAGUGAUGUCGUCAUACCCUGCAAUGAGCUGGCAGCCUGUCCAGGGUGUUCCACACAUCGUGCCCCAAGUUCCCUGGGAUAGGCUCCAGGCUUGGGUAAAGGAAUAUGGUACAAGAACAGUUCACGUCAUGCAGUUAUAGGACAAUAAAUGUGGAGUUACUGCUACAACUAACUUCAUGUAGGGCUGAAUCACACCACCCAGUAACAUUUGCUUGUUUUUAUUUCUUUUUUCUAAAUGUUUCUCUUUUCCUUUUCACAGGAAAAAUCCCUUCCUUGUUUUUUGGUCUUCAGCAAGUACUGAUGCAACUGAAGAAUUUAGUAACUUUUAAAAUCACGCAGCCUGCUUUACCUUGCGUGUCUUAAACUGACUUUUAUUUGAAUACUUUAUAUAAUGGAACACCUUUUUUUUCAUAAGCUAUCUUUUUUUUAACAAGGUUUUAAAACUGACCCUCACUUCCUGGAUUUGAGCUAGAACUCCAUGUUAGCUUCUGUUGAAAUGUGAAAGUCCAAGAAAUCUGGUGUGAAACUUUAAGGGCAAUUGUAAUCCAUUUCUUUUAUUAAUAAAUACAGGAUUAUUUACAACUUGUGAUUCUGUCCCUUGAUUGUGUUUAAAACUUAAUCUGGGGUCAUAAAUCUCUUCCUCAGGCAAGCCAUGUCUUGCAAAGCUUAACUGAUGAAUGUGAAGUCAUGUCUAUUCUGAUCUGUAGCCACACUAUUCCUUUUGUGACGAUUCAUGACAUCUGAUGGGUCAGGAACGUUCUGUACAGUUCCUCUCACAGUGCCGAGUGACUUAAAGGCCAUCUAGACUUUUUUGUCGUGUUGGGUGGUGAAGGCACUCGGCCAUGUUGCUACCAGGCUUUCUGACUAAAGAAAAGGUGGGAUGGAAACAAUUAAUACAUUUACACUGCAGUUUAAUUCCUUAUAUAAAUGCCCUUGCCAACACUGCUACCUACUACUUGAGGAGAAAUGUAUGAAUAUUCUCUCCCUCCUUUCCAUCAUGCUGGCAUUGACUCAGCAGCAAUGUUGAAAUGAUUCGAGUGUGAGUUGGUGUGGCUGAGCUACAGGUCUGCCCUCUUCUCAUCUGCACUGCCUCAUUUAACCCACGCAGACAGCUGGAUGCAGCAGAUGGACCCUGCUGGCUGUGCCGACAAGGUUUGUGCAAGUGUGUACAAUUCUCAGACACAUCUAUCGUUUCCUUGAGCAUGAAGGUGUUUUCAAAUUUAUACCAUCAGUGCUCAUGAAAUCUUGCCUUCAGCCUCUUUGCAGGCGAGUCCCUAACUCCUACUGACAGGGCAAUGAUAUGUUCUGGAUUUAUGUAACUUUUGUUUUUUUUUUUUUUCUUUUCCCCCCCUGACUUCUGAUUUUGCAUGUGACCUCCAAAAGCAGUGCAAGAGAAAGCUUUUAUGUAUUUUUUUUUUGCAUUUGAGUGUAGUUUUUAUUGCCUUUUUUGGCAUGUUCUUUGUCUCCACUUCUUUCUGCAUGUAGUGAUUUCAUAAUAAACUUGUUUGCUGCUGAUGAUGCGGGGAAUUGUUUACUAAAAGCCGUCUAACAGGCCGUGCCAACCCCCUGCCCCCAACUGAAUUGGCUUUUCAUAGUUUGUCCAAUGAUAACAUCAAUUAUUGCAGACCCCUAUAGGUACAUUAAGGUCGGGGGAGAUGUCAGGAAACAAUCAUGUUUUACUAGUGACAUGAUUGAGGAAAGUUGGAAACCACAGGCAAGAUAUUCACAGUAUCUAAAGCUAGGCUUUAACCUAGUUUAACAUAUUUCUUAAUCUGUAGUAUGAAAUCUGCUCCAGGAUGACUAGAGCAAGAGAAAAUACAUCUCAGAUUAUCAUCUCAUACAGUGUGGUCCAAAAGUCUGAGUCCACAUUAUAAAUCUGGGAUUUUUAUUUAUUUAAAAAUGGGGGGAAAAUUUUUUUUAAACAUUAAAAUAGUGUAAAUGUUAUUCAAUACCUUGAAUAUUUAAUAUUCAAUGUUCUGCACUAUUUCUAGGUCCCUAUUUUAAUGAAAGACAACGUGUGAUACUGAGUGUGUUAACUGCCUUGUACAAAAGGUCAGGUUUUCCUCACGCCUAAUCUCUUCUACUGAACCGUGUCCAAGUGACACUCCGAUUG